GCGUCUAUUCAUCAAUUGAAAAACACCUGACAUUUUAGGUAACAUCAGUCGUAUGAAUUUAUGUAAACGUUUUCUUAAGAAUGGAUUCAAUGGAAAAUCGGAAGCUGAAAUUUUGGAAGAAAUUACCCUAUAUCUAACAAAUUAUUGUGAUAUUUAGAACACGGAGCAAGAAUCCGCUAAGAAAAUACUCAAAUCAUUCAUUCAAAAAUGGACCAAAAGAUGGAGAGAUUCAUCUUAUUCUUGGCAAAAAUUUAGUUUGAAAAAUGCUGAUUGGUUAGAAAAAAAUGUAUUCAGUGACGUAGCUAUAGCCGAAAAUUCGCAAUGCACUGGGGAAUCGGAACCCGGUCCAUCAAAAAGAAAAUGUUUUUCCGAUUUAUCCAAAUCUCAAAAAGACAGAACUACGAAAGACGUCAGAGAUAAUUAUACUUCAGACAUCCUUGCUUACGCAACCGUUUCUGUUCUUAAAAAGGAACAUAAACAUGAUGUUGCUAAAGCAGUUUCAGCCGCUAUUUCUUCUCCGGAUGAAGUGUUGGCUGCUUUGAAACAAAAUAUUCCCAAAAAAUUUACGCCUAAUGAAGCCAUCGCUUUAUUUAUAAUCAACAGCAAGCAAACAAAGGCACAGUACCAAAACAUGCGGUCAGCUACACUUUGGAAAGGUACGGAUCUGUACCCUUCAUACCAGGAGAUACUUAAAUAUAAAAAGUUGAGCUAUCCUGUUUUAAAUCCUGAUGAUUUUACUGAAACUGAAGCCAAAGUGACUCUUCAGAAUUUAGUUGAUACCACAGUAGAACGAAUUUUAAUUAAUAUUGCUGAUCUGAAUAGUACAUGUGAUAUUAUUGCCACACAUAAAUGGGGUAUGGAUGGAAGCAGUGGUCAUUCGGAAUUUAAGCAACGAUUUAUGGAUCCAAAAAAUUCCGAUUCUACUGUAUUUUGUACUAACUUGGUGCCUAUUUCAUUAACAUAUAGAGAUGAUUCUCAGAAAGAUGUUAUUUGGAGAAAUGAAAAUCCAAAUUCUUCAAGCUUAUGUCGACCAAUGAGAAUGGCUUUCUGCAAGGAAGACUGUAAUACAAUUCUAACAGAGUAUUCUAGAGUGAUGAAGGAAAUUGUGGAAAUACAGGACAGUAAAAUAAAAAUUAAUAAUAGCGUAGAAGUCAUUGUAAGACAUAGAUUCUACUGUACAAUGGUAGAUGGAAAAAUAAUAAAUGCGGUGUGCAAAAAUGCUGCAACUUCGAGAUGCCCUGUUUGUCUAGCUGGACCAAAAACUUUGAAUAAUUUGCCGAGCCAAACCAAUGCAGAUGUUUUGAAAUUUGGAAUAUCCCCUUUGCAUGCAAAAAUUAACUCCAUGGAAUUUUUACUGAGAUGUUCAUACAAACUGGCCUCUACGAAGGAAGAACAAGAAACUAAAAAGAAAAUAAUACAAAAGCAGUUUAAAGAGAAAACUGGUUUAAACAUAGGUAAACCAAAACCAGGGUUUGGUAUUUCCCAUGACGGAAAUACAGCUAGGAGAUUUUUUCAGAACUCGAAAGUUACAUCUGAAUUAUAG